CCCACAGAAGGACUUUAUCCCAUCCCUGGCAGGAGGCAUGUCUCAGCUUCUUCUCUGAGUUAUCUGCGUUAAUCUUUUUUUUCUAGACCAUCAGAACAGACAUUGUGAUGGAUGUUGGCAACAGCAUAAACCCAGCCCUUGACAUAGGCCAGGUUGAAGGUGCGUUUACUCAAGGAAUGGGACUCUACACGAUAGAGGAGCUGAGUUACUCUCCUCAGGGUCUUCUGUACAGCCGUGGCCCAAACCAGUACAAAAUCCCUGCCAUUUGUGACAUCCCCACAGAGAUGCACAUUUCCUUUUUGCCCCCAUCCGAACACUCAAACACCUUAUAUUCAUCUAAGGGUCUGGGAGAGUCUGGGGUCUUCCUGGGAUGUUCGGUAUUUUUUGCCAUCCAUGAGGCCGUGAGCGCGGCACGGCAGGAGAGAGGCAUCUCCAGACCACUGAGGCUCGGGAGUCCACUGACUCCAGAGAAGAUCCGAAUGGCCUGUGAGGAUAAGUUCACAAAAAUGAUUCCAAGAGAUGAACCUGGAUCCUACGUUCCAUGGAACAUAACUGUGUGAGUCAAAUGCGAACUCUGGAGGGACCGGGUCAACGCCGCUGCAGAAUGCACCUCCCAGUCUCUCUGCUCCUAGCCUCGAACUAUAAAAGCCAGAUUUUCACAGCCCAGAAUUAUCCACAGCAUUGCUUUACAGGAAGCUGAUUUGGAAGUUUCGCCUCAACAUACUCCAGACAUACCUAAGCAAUCACAAAUCAUAUUUUAAAUUGCACAAAUAUUAAAUUGUUUCCUUUGA